AUGUCGCGACCGGAGCAUCUGGCACCGCCAGAAAUCUUCUACAAUGACACCGAGGCGGCCAAGUAUACGGCAAACACGCGAGUGCAGACCAUUCAAGCAGAGAUGACCGAGCGAGCGCUCGAACUGCUCAUGCUGCCAGAACAUCGUCGGCCCGCAUUGCUCCUCGACAUCGGGUGCGGUUCCGGUCUGUCGGGCGAAAUCAUCACCGAGCACGGUCACGAAUGGAUCGGGUUCGACAUUUCACCCUCGAUGCUGGAGGUGGCGCUCGAAAAGGAGACCGAGGGGGACCUGUUGCUUGCCGAUGCGGGCCAAGGGUGUGGCUUCCGCGCAGGCUCCUUCGACGGCGCCAUCAGCAUCUCCGUGCUGCAGUGGCUCUGCAAUGCCGAUGCCACGUCCCACAAUCCUGCGCAGAGGCUAGCAGGGUUCUUCACGACCCUGUACUCUAGCUUGAGCAGAGGCGCAAGAGCGGUGUUCCAAUUCUAUCCCGAGUCAGACGAUCAGGUCAAGUUCAUCAUGCAAUUCGCAACCAAAGCCGGCUUCGGCGGUGGAUUGGUGGUCGACUACCCGAAUUCGAGGAAAGCCAAGAAGUUCUACCUGGUGUUGUGGGUGGGUGGAGAGAUGCUGGAGGGUCCCAACGGCCAAAAGGGAAAGCAGGAGCUACCACAGGGGCUGACACACGAGCAUGAGGGAGAGGCAAAGGCAGGCGCGGUCAAAUUCGAAAAGAGGAGAUUGGAUAGGGAUAGGAAGGGCGGCAAGAAGGGCAAGCGCGGAGGAGGAGAGACGGCAAAGGAGUAUAUCGUCAGGAAGAAGGAGUUGAAUAGAAAGAGAGGGAAAGAGGAUGUGCCGCUGGAUAGCAGGUAUACAGGCAGGAGGAGGAAGGGCGGGUUCUGA